UGUGGGGCUUUAACCGACAAACAAUAGCGCUCCUGCAAAUCGCAUUACCUCAAGUCAUUUUUAUUGCGUUACAGGAAACAUACGAAGUAAGAAGGGCUUCUUAACAGAGUUCUUUUACGCCCCCGAAGGCCAGAAAGCAGCGAAAAAGUGUAACAGAAUCUACCGACUCCCAAGUGAAUAAUUUGCAGGACUGUAGUAUUGGCUGAAGGACCGUGUAAACGCGGCUUGUAAAAGGAUCCCACCGUGGUUGGUCGUAGUGUAUAGAGAGGAGCCUACCCAGCUCUCCAGGCUCCUCAGCCAUGACUCUGCUGGCCUACCUGAAGAGCCUGUUUAUCCUGCAGUUGCUGAUGGGCUUUGUGUUUGUGGUGAGCGGUCUCAUCAUAAACUUCAUCCAGCUCUGCACCUGCAUCCUCUGGCCGAUCAACAAACAGCUUUACCGCAGAAUCAACUGCAGGCUCUCCUACUCCCUCUGGAGUCAGCUGGUGAUGCUGCUGGAGUGGUGGUCAGGCACAGAUUGCACCCUAUACACCGACCAGGCUACGGUGGACAAGUUUGGCAAAGAGCAUGUCAUCAUCAUCCUCAACCACAACUUUGAAAUUGACUUCCUCUGUGGCUGGACCAUGUGUGAAAGAUUUGGCGUCCUAGGGAGUUCAAAAGUGCUAGCCAAACACGAGCUGCUGAAGGUUCCUCUGAUUGGCUGGACCUGGUACUUCCUUGAAAUAGUCUUCUGCAAAAGAAAGUGGGAGGAGGACCGUAAGACUGUCUUCAGUGGACUGGACAGGCUCAAAGACUACCCUGAAUAUAUGUGGUUUCUUCUGUAUUGCGAGGGCACCCGUUUUACAGAGAAGAAACACCAGAUCAGUAUGCAGGUUGCAGAGAGUAAAGGCCUGCCCAAGCUCAAAUACCACCUACUACCCCGAACCAAAGGAUUCACCACAACACUGCAGUGUCUUAAGGGCACAGUAACUGCUGUGUAUGAUGUGACUCUCAACUUCAAAGACAACCAAACUCCCACUCUCCUGGGCAUCGUCAACGGAAAGAAAUACAAAGCCGACAUGAGUGUAAGGCGAUUUUCUGUGGAGGAAAUACCAGAUAAUGAGGAGGAGUGUGCUAACUGGCUGCACAAGCUCUACCAGGAGAAGGAUGCCUUGCAGGAGUACUACAGCAAGGAAGGCAAGUUCCCCGGACCCACAAUAAUCCCACGUCGGAGACCAUGGACGCUGCUGAACUUCCUGUUUUGGGCCACCCUGCUUCUUUCACCACUCAUCAACUUUGCUUGCGGAGUGGUUGUCAGUGGCUCACCCCUCCUCAUCAUUGGCUUCACCAUAUUCCUCAUCAUUGCCUCCAUAGCUAUCCGCCGUCUCAUAGGGGUCACAGAGGUGAAGAAAACAGGCUCCAGUUACGGCAACCAGGAGGCCAAGAAACAAAACUAAAGUGUGUCACCCCCCCCCCCUCCCGUGUACGGCCGUUUCUGUGUGGUCGCCCUGCGGUGUCUCACCCCUACUCAACUCCAUUCUCCUCCUACUGUUGAGUCAGUUGGUAGGCUGGGGAGGAGACCCAGCUUUGAAAACAUAAUAGAGACCAGAGUUAGAAAUACAAAUGGCACUUGAGUGAGAGAGAGCAUGGAAGGUCUGGGGGUUCAAGCUCUCUGAUGUGAGACAGGACAAAAGGAGGGGGAGAUGCAGGACCGUAUUUCCCUGCAUCUUUCUUUAUCCAGCUAGUCCCCAUACCAGCCCCAUUAAAUCCCGUUAACAUCCCGAGGUCAAGCUCCUAACCUGUCUGAGGUCUCAUGGACAUCCAGUCCGCCCAUUUUCUGCUCUGUGCUACCUCCCUCCACUUCCUGUCACAGUCAUCAGCCAAUCAGGCAGUCGUGGUGUUCUCAUUCUUUUUUUCCCACAGAACACAAACCGAUCCUUAUCUGAUCUUUUAUUAUUAUUUUCUUUAAAUCUUAACCUCCAUCCAGGGGCGGUGCUUUACUGCAACAGCAACAUGCAGAACGUCUCCGUCCCUUUUUUUCACUAAGUGGGACUUGUAAUGGGAACCGGUGCCUUGAGGCCCAGCCUGGUUUCCUUAAUCUUAAAGGGUCGUUUCACCUAAAUCACAAAAAACAUUUUUACCAUUUAACCUUGACUUAUCUAGCAAUGCAGAUAGUCAAGGUCUGAGAUAAUUGCCACUGAGACUUCUACUACCAUACCAAAUAAUGGUGGAUAAAACUGCUCAAAUCAUUGUAAGAGUAUAUUUGAAAAACUAUACUCAGCAGAGCGUAUUUCCAGUAACAGUCUGAAUUACUCAGAUAAUUACUGACAGUUUUCAUCAGAAACUAUGUUUCGAAUGUAAAGAAUAGUGAAAGCUGUCCACACUGACAUCAUUGGAUUAUCCGAGUGCCUGGCAGAUUGUUUCUGUGAAGAGACAUUCCUCUUGAUGUUUUCACUACCAGUGAAAUUCAGUUCAUCUCACCUCUAUUGUAUGAGGGUAUGAGCAAAAGUCUCAGAGCAGAGAUCUCAAAAUAUAAAUCCCACAUCAUCUCCAGGGCUAGAUAUCACAAGGCUGAAGUGGGGAGACUAAUUUUUUUUAAACUUUAAUCUGGUGGUCUUGGUGAAUUGACCCUUAAACGUCCUGGUUUGGAGAUGCUGGUGUCUGUUAAACUACAACCAGGGCUCUGAAUGUGAAAACUGUCCUUAUCAAGGAUACCUACCAUCUGUUACAGGUCUCAUUUGUAAGCCCGCAGCACCAACACCCACAGAGUCAUUCUAAAACAUUUCAACUCUCUGUCCAAUCACUAUUCCUAUUUUCAUUUGCUUUACACAAAUAGGAAUUUGCAUACACGUUAUUAUUCCUUUUUUUUUUUUUUUUUAAUUUAACAUAACUGCACCAUUUCUGACCC